CUGAGACAGAGACGGAGCGAGACGAGCCGACGACAACCCUCCCGCAAAGUCUUCCUUUGCAAAUAUUUACUGCCAUAAAGCUUACUUGACAUCUUUACAUCAAGAAAAGAUUUUAAAGUUGACGAAUUUGCUGUUGCUGCUGAGGCAAUUACUACACCUCUCGUAGUUUGUCUCUUUUUUGCGGAAGCAUUCGUAUAAGCAGCAACAAAGUUGCACGACUAAUUGAGAAAGAGCUUCGGACAGCCGGGACAUUCGGGGGAGGGACAGACAGAAAAAGGAAACGUGUAGGCAAGCAGAAGCUCACGCGAGAGCAGCUACACAGCAUCAGUAUCCAUUGUGCGUUUAGAGGUAGUUCGGCGUGUGUUGGUGUGUGAGAACGCGAGAGUGCGCAUACGCAGCAAGUGGAUCACCGGCACGCCGAGAAGCUGCUCUGCCUCGUCUUUCUCCCCAGGAGGCUAUCCCGUCCGACAAUUGCUGCACACUAACAAUAAGGAAAAUGGCAUCUGGAGCUGGGUCUAGUGGAACUGGCAGAGGCCGUGGAUCAUCUUUGGCUGACAACAAGCCAGAGAAUAAGGAGGCCAAACCUAAUCCAAAGAUGUCAAAAGCAUUAGGAACUUCUGCAAAAAGGAUACAAAAAGAACUAGCAGAAAUCACUCUGGAUCCACCUCCUAAUUGCAGUGCUGGACCAAAAGGCGAUAAUUUGUAUGAAUGGGUUUCUACAAUUUUAGGCCCACCAGGAUCAGUUUAUGAAGGUGGUGUUUUCUUUUUAGAUAUUCACUUUUCCCCAGAAUAUCCUUUCAAACCACCAAAGGUGACUUUUAGAACUCGAAUUUAUCAUUGCAAUAUUAACAGCCAAGGUGUUAUAUGUUUAGACAUCCUUAAAGAUAAUUGGUCACCAGCAUUAACUAUUUCAAAAGUACUGUUGUCCAUUUGUUCUCUUCUUACAGACUGCAAUCCUGCGGAUCCUCUGGUGGGCAGCAUAGCAACGCAAUACUUACAAAAUAGGGAAGAACACGAUCGCAUCGCACGUUUAUGGACGAAACGUUAUGCGACAUGAGCAAAUUUGCACGAAAUUACAAGCAACUCCUAUCAAGUUUCAUGCCAAUUUUAUAGCCCUCAUUAUGUUCAAAAAGCGUUGGUUCGAGUAAUUUAUAAUAUGUUUUUUUUGCCGUUAUUAAAAAAAUAGAGUAUUUUUUAUGUAGAUGAAGAACGGAGCACAAUUGAAUUUAAGAACCAUUUUAUUAUUCGAUUUUUUUACUUAUAACAAUUUACAAUACUAAUCAGUGCUAAAUAAUUAAACCUAAUAUAUCCAUCGAUCAGUGACGUAUAGUAGCUAAUUCAUUUGUGCGAAGUUUAUUUUACUGUCGACGAACUAGAAAAAAGGCAAAUGCGUGAACGGUGCUGUCUAAUAUUUGCUCGGCCGCGCGUCUCGUAUUUUUUCUCGCGCUUCGACCAAAGGUCACGCACAAUGUGCCUAAAAAUCAAGUGUAUUGUACGUUGAGGCAUGACUUUAGGAGUACUUUUUUUUCAACAAAAAACAACAAGGAAUGAAGUUCAAUUAUAAAAAGAUCGAAAACAGAUAAGCGAAAUUUAAAAAAAGGCGGAUAUAAGAUACCACGACGAGUUAGUAUUUAAUUAUUACACGAAAAACAAUAAACGAUAAAUUCCUAAGUUAUAAGUGAUUAGGUACUUAGGCAAUAAGGACGUGAAUUAAAACAGACCCACUUACCUGAAUGUUUUAAAUUUAUUAAUCAAUUUUUAGCGUUCGAAACUCGUAUUACUAUUGCUUGUUUAUUUUAACGUCAAGCUUCUCAUGAAUUUUCAGUUUUUCGAUUUUCACAAUAUUUAUUUUGGUCCGAUUAAUUGAAAAAAUUCAUAACUUUUAUCCAUCGAUCAAUUGAAAAAUAUUUUAUUUUUAAAUUAUAUGAUACAUAUACUGAUAGGAAGGGUAUAAUUUGUUUGUAUUUUGUAAACGUAUAAGAUGUAUUAGCUGGACGUGUAAGUUAAGUACGUUUUGGGGUCCACUACUAAAAGAAAAAAAUUGAUAAAUGCAAGUGAAUCAACUGUGACUGUAAAUAAAGUAUACCAAUAUCAUUUUGCUGUAUAUUCACGUUUGUGAUCGUCGAGGAAUGCCGAAUUCUGGAAUUUGUAUUCUCGCCUUCUCUUUUUGCUCCUUCGCAAGAUAAUUUUUUUAUAUACAAUUAAUAAAAAUGGUAGAGUGAGCUUGUAUGUAUGUGCGUGCGUUCGUAAAUUUUUGAAGAAAAAAAGAAUGAAUCGUUUAUCAAUAAGACGAAUAUUAUAACAUAGUAAUACAAACAUCGUAUAAAUAUUAAAAUGGUCAAUGAAAGCGUCUGGCAAAUCAGCAAAACUGUGUAGGCCAUAUUUUUCACGCUAAUUUUUUUUAAUUAAUAAAGGGUAAUAAAAAAAUACUGGUACCCAAUAAACAAGCUUGUGGAUUUUUUUUGUAAUGAAUGACAGUAAAGAAACUGGUGUUUGAUAACGAGACAAAAGAAUGUUUAUUGACAAAAAAGCUGCAAUGUAAUCAUAUUAACUCUAAAAAACAUUAUCCAUGCUUCCACAUUAUUUUUGUAAAAGUGAUAGAGUUUUAGAAGCAAGGCGGACUAAUCCACUUUGUAAAUAAUUGACUCUGCGCGCGUAGCUGUUCAAUCAUAAAUAGUAGGUGUCUGUAAGAUAUUACGUGUAUCUUAAUUGUUAUAAACAAAGUGUUAGUGGGCCAGUUGCAGUUCGUAACGAAAUCUUGCAAAGUUGAACAAUUUUUAAAAGAUUGAAAAAAAUAAUUAUAUAAUUUCUGCAAGGUUUAAAAUUGGAACAACUGUGACUGAAACGAAAUUAGGGAUGAAACAAGUAAGCACAAAAUGGCAUUGAGAACUGAGUAAAAAGAAUUGAAAUAUAGUUCGGCUAUGGCGUUGUACAAAUCUUAUUAAAAUAUUGUCAAAUUUUGUAUAUAUUUCCAGUCCAAAAUUUGCUGCACUAAAACUGUGGCUAUCUCUAUGAUCAAGUUUUUUUAUUUAAAUCACGACUCGCGUACCUGACGCGAUUCGUAAUCGAACUGCCAACUUUGCACACUAACACAUCUAUGUUCCUUGAAUCCCUGAUUGAAAUGGUGGAAAAAAUGCGGAAAGAGAAAGUAUAAAGCAGAAAAGUACCAAAACGACCACGGAGGUCUUCCCUUUGUAAAGAGAAAUUUUUUUGUUGACAUCAAUUUAGUUCGCAUCACAAAAUCAAUUAGAAAAUUGAGAGAGUUGUUUGAAGAGUAUUAAUGAAAUUGUUAUUUUCAAAACAAAAGUUAAUAUUUUAAAUUGUCAUUCCUACAGUUGACCGAUUUCAAAAUCUGUAAUUGUAUAUUUACUUGGAUUUUAGGCAAAGUAGAUGAUUAAAUACGUGAACAUUGUUGUGAGAAAUUCAGAAUUUGUAUAAAUUUCAUUUGUACAUAUUUUAUGCAUUUCACGCUGUCUUAUCAUAUACUUUGCUUGACAAAAAAUGAAAUAUCCAUUCAGCAGGUAUAUCGUUAAAGAAAAUUUCAUAAAUGUUUAUGUAAUUUGCAAAGUACAGAUAAUAGUUGGCAAGACUAAGUUUUCAUAUCAUCAUUAGAUUGGACGGAAAGAGUGCAAAAAUUGAUGUAGUUGAGUGAAUGUAUUUGAAAAACAGGUAAAAAGCAAGGGGAAAUGAAUAAAAUGUUUGGUCAUUAACUUUUCAAGCUAUGAACGAGUGAUCGAAUAAGCUUUCCCACAAAUUUAUCACCGCUAAUUGUGGGUCGGUACAAUCUCAUGUAAAUACACUUUCAUAACUUUUAUUCACACCGAUUUAAUGCAGCAUUCGCUUGUGUAUAAUGUUAGUGAUCACGUGUAAAGUAAAAUUAAUAAGCGAUACGCAAUUGCAAGGAAUGGAACGGCAGUUUUGGCUGAAAACAUCUUUGACGCGUUUCAGAAGACUUUGAAUGUCGAAAUGAAAACUAUCCUAACAAAAGUAAAUUUGAUUUUUCGUUCGUCUUAAGUCUGUCACAAAAGAAUAGAUUAAAUUGAUAAUGAUUCGUGCAAUGAAUCAUCUUCGAGCCCAAGCUGACUUUGCGCGUGCUUAAACUACGAUAGAGACUCGCUUCUCUAUCUGACAUAAUAUUAAUAAAUGUUAGUCUGCUAGUUAGUGGCAUUGAUAUGACAAAGUGGAAUAAAAUUAUUGUA